CCUCUCAGCCUUCAUCUUUUUUCCACGCCGCGAGCACAGGGCCGAGGCGUCACCAUGACUGACAAGCUCCCCCCGCCUUUGCUGGCCCUCUUCCAGCCCCGGCCACCCCUUCGCUACAUUGUUCCCACAGACCGCGCUCCAGAGGACUGCAAGAAAAGCACCAUUUCUGGCGUCGCCCAGUAUCUUCCUGCAGCAAAGGAGUUUGAGGAGGAGUCGCCGUAUAAUGCGACUGAGUGUUGGUUGCAGCGCAAAUGGCGCGAGAAGCUUCAGAAGAAGGAGGCGUUGGCCUCAAAGAUAACCGAUGGCCUCCAAGAGUUCAAUCCAGAGAAGGAUACACAAGCUCGGGGCGAUCCUUUCAGAACACUCUUUGUCGCGCGACUUAACUACGAAGUGAAAGAAGCAGAUCUAGAGCGAGAAUUCGGCCGUUUUGGCCCGAUCGAACGUAUUCGCAUCGUCAAGGAUACUGUUUCCCCGAACGCAGCAAAAAGGCCUCACCGGGGAUAUGCAUUCAUCGUCUACGAACGAGAGAAGGAUAUGAAAGCGGCCUACAAGGAAACAGACGGCAUCCGGAUCAAGGACCGACGAGUCCUGGUAGAUGUGGAGCGUGGUCGCACAACUAAGGGCUGGAAACCCCGUCGCUUCGGCGGUGGCCUCGGAGGCCGUGGAUACACCAAAGCAAUGCCCUCGCGGCCUAUGGGCCCUGGGUUCAAUGCGCCAUCCGGUCCGGGUGGAUUUGGUGGUGGAUUCCGUGGUGGCUUCGGUGGCAGAGGCUUCCGUGGAGGAGGCUUCCGCGGUGGCGGCGAUCGCUUCGGCGGCGGCGACCGCUUCGGUGGCCGUGGAGGAAUCGGCUUCCAAGGUAAUCGCGGUGGAUUCGGAGGAGGAGGAGGAGGACAGGCACCGCCGAAUGCUCCUUCCGGCCCCGGCGGUGGACGCAGCGGUGGAUUCGCAGGUGCAGGCAGGUUCGACCGUGGUGCGACUGGCAGCAACCGGGAGCCUGUGCGUCCCCGAGAUGCAUACGCAGAACGCCGCGACGGGGCCGACCGAGGAGGCGACCGAGGAGGCGACCGAGGAGGAGACCGAGGAGGAGACCGAGGAGCAGACCGAGGAGCAGACCGAGGAGCAGACCGAGGAGCAGACCGAGGAGCAGACCGAGGUGACCGAGGUGACCGCGAUGGGGGUGACCGCUACAGGGACCGAGAACGCAUGCCAGACCGCAAUGGAGAUCGGUACCGUGACCGUGACCGUGAUCGCGACCGCGACAGGUAUGGCGGUGGUGGCCGGGAGGACCUUGGACGGAAGCGACACCGUGAGGAUGAUGGCUUUGAUGACCCGCGCUCCAGGAGACGAUACUAA